AUGGCGGAGGUGGUGAUGGAGGCUGUAGAGUCCUCCAUGAGUUUGUCUGAAGCCUGGGAGUCUACCACAGCGGCUCUGAUGUCGCCGUCCCCACUGUCGCUCUCGGAGUCUCUCUCGGUGCUCAGAGCUCACGGUGUGGACGUCCACCUGGGUCCCUUCCUGUUGGAGGGGCUGCAGAUGCUUCUAUCGGACUCUGUGGUACCGGAGUUCUGGUCUGGACUGUCACAGCCGCAGAACGAGCUGGAGGAGCGGGGACGAGCGGAGGUUCUGGUGUCAGUCUUUCACACGCUGCUGGACCGACUGCAACCGCUGCUGCGUGCGCUGCAGCGUGUGUCUCCUUCGGUUCUUCCUCGCGCUCACACUCUGAUUCGCGCUCUGCUGCUGUCGAGACCGUGUCCUGAGCUGGAGGCACGAGUCUUGGACUUCUACACACGCUCCUUCUCUGUGUUCAUGCGGCAGGAAGGGGGAGAGGGGGGAGAGGGCGGAGACCAGGAGGGGGCGCUGUGCUCGGGCUGCGGAGCUGACGUCUGCUGGUGUCGGGACGCGCUGGAGCAACUGCAGCAGUUCAGCCACGUCCUGUGCAGGCUGCAGCUGUUGGAGUGGGUGAGCUCCAAACCUGUCACUCAAAUCCUCCACAGACUCAUCGAGCAGCGAAUGGAGAGACACUGCAGGGGGGAGUACGAACGAUCAUUCCUCACCGACUUCCAGGAGUGGUUGGAGCAGGUGCUGGGCUGGCUCAGCAAAGUCUUUUCCAGUGAUGAGCUCUCCUCCCCUGCUCCUGGUGGGGGUUCUGCUGGUCCUUCUCCUGUGAUACUUGGUUCUCCCAUGGACCCUGGUGCUCCUCUGGUCGCUCCUGCAGGAGGUGGCAGUGUGCUGAAGCAGUGGAGGUGUCACAUGCACCAGUUCUUCUGCAGGAUCUACGUCAACAUGAGGAUCGAAGAGCUCUUCAGCAUCAUCCGAGACUUCCCUGAGUCCAAAGCCGCCAUUGAGGACCUGAAGUUCUGUUUGGAGCGAACGAACCAGAGACAACAGCUGUUAACCUCCCUCAAGACCGCCUUCGAGAGCCGCCUGCUGCACCCAGGAGUCCACACGUCUGACAUUUUAACCGUCUACAUCUCUGCGAUCAAAGCCCUGAGGGAACUGGACCCCUCCAUGGUCAUCCUGCAGGUCGCCUGUCAGCCCAUCCGCAAGUAUUUACGGACCCGUGAGGACACAGUCCGUCAGAUCGUUGCUGGUCUGACAGGAGAUGCUGAGGGCUGCACAGACCUGGCCUCAGAGCUUUCCAGAGGAGACCCAGUGACUCUGGAGCAGCAGGAGAGCGACGAGGAGACCACAGACCCCGAGGACUGGACCCCGGACCCCACAGACGCAGUCCCAGAUAAAUCGGGCUCGAAGCGGCGCUCCUCUGACAUCAUCAGUCUGCUGGUCAGUAUCUACGGCAGCAAAGACAUCUUCAUCGACGAGUACCGGACGGUUCUGGGCGGCCGCCUUCUGCAGCAGCUCAACUACAACACAGCCAGAGAGAUCCGAAACGUGGAGCUGUUGAAGCUGCGCUUUGGAGAGUCACACAUGCACUACUGCGAAGUCAUGCUCAAGGACAUGGCAGACUCUCGCAGGAUCAAUGGAAAUGUCCGCGAGGAAGAGUCUCGUCUGAACACAGAGGAGUCUCGUGUGAACACAGAGGAGCAGCCGUCUCUGCCGCUGUCUGCCAUCAUCCUGUCCUCUGAGUUCUGGCCCACGCUGAAGGAGGAGAAACUAGAGCUCCCCCCGGUGGUCACACAGGCCAUGGAGGACUACACACACCGAUACGAGAAACUCAAGGCCAUGCGCACACUGAGCUGGAAGCCUCACUUGGGCUCCGUGACUCUGGACGUGGAGCUGGAGGACAGAACCAUCUCCAACCUCACCGUGUCUCCCAUCCACGCCGCCAUCAUCCUGCACUUCCAGGACAAAAGUGAGUGGGGCCUGGAGGAGCUGAGCCAGACACUGGGGGCCCCUCGGGACCUGGUGCACCGGAAGCUGGCCCUGUGGCAGCAGCAGGGAGUACUGCGGGAGGAAGCCGGGGGGCGCUACUGCGUCAUGGAGACCGGCUCGUCACGAGAGAAGCAGGACCGCGGCGUCAUGCUGAUCGACAGCGACGAGGAGAGAGACUCUAAUACUACCACCCAGUCUGAGCAGAGGGAGGAGAAACUGCAGCUGUUCUGGGUCUACAUCCAGGCCAUGCUGACCAACCUGGACACUAUGACCCUGGAGAGGAUCCACUCCAUGCUGCGGAUGUUCGUAGCGACUGGACCAGUCGUCACGGAGAUGGACGUGGAGGAGCUGGAGGCCUUUCUGCAGCGGAAGGUUCAGGAACACCAGCUCAUCGGAUCCAUGGGGGUCUAUCGGCUGCCUAAGUCCAAGUGA